AUGAUCGAUCGCCCUUCACCUCCCUAUCAUUGGCCCGGCGGUAUUCCGCCCGAAGUCAAAGCCGAUCCCAAUGGUGACAUCACACUUGAACAGGCCAACGAAGAGGCUAAAGGCUGGUUGCUUUUUGUAGAGGAGAAUUGGGUCCCCCGUGCGAAUGCUAAUAAUAUACCUGACGAGGAUGGAGAUUACGAAGUACGCCAACGUCGGACCUUGGUGGAAGCUUGGGCAAAGGCCAGCCAAGAAUACCGUGAUUCAUACCACCAACGAGCCCCGGCAAGAGGUGCAAUGGAGUACCCAGAGAUCGUUUUACGCGAUAGUCUCCACUACUACAACACGCCCAGAUUUGUGUGCCUCGCACCACUAGGCCCAUCAAACCCAUCUAACCGAUCCAAAUGGAUCAAACUUUACAUUCUCUCUUGCCGCUUAGACGGAGAAAUAGGACACUGUUUACAAGAAUUCGGUGAGGAUCAUGGUGGACUUGAUCCUAACCCGGCAACCGUUGCCGACAUGUCCAAUGUGCAGAUGUCCGACCUUCUACCAAGAGCGUAUCUCGAGAUGGCCUACUUCCGUAAUAUGACCAUGACCCGUCAUGGAACCGUUCUUUAUAUGCGAUAUCCUUGCCUGAGGAAUUGGUUCGUGGUCACGCAAGAUGAUCUCGAUACCGGUCAUAUUACGACUGUAGAAUUCAAGCCUAAUGGCGAGAUUGAUCAAUUUUUCCGUCGACGGGCUUAUAAUAUGUGGCCUGUUUACUUAGAGCACAUAUCCGCUCGCAGAGAACUGGCGUAUGUUAUUCAGGAUCGGGUUGGGGGUUCGCAAUUACAGAAUUCAGACUUGGAUAUGACUCUUCCUGUGAUUGAUAUCAUGGAAGGGGCGAAAGAGCGUCGCGAAUUCCUUCACCAUUUUGAUGGGGCGAGGGAUGUGUGGACGGAGGACAUCGAAAUGUAUGCACCAGGGUAUCUAGAGAUGGAGGCGGCGGGGACGGAAGCCGAUUAUGAUCAUUCUCGGUUGCUUGAUCCUUAUGAUUGA